AUAAUGCUAAGGUCUGUCUUAUCUUCUUCGUGAAGGAAUGUCAUAGUGCGUAUUUGAGGUAGCUAAAUUCAGACGCAAUUUUGCUGUUAUCUUCUCACCGCGUUAUUCGUAUAUGGUAAGUAGUACGGUGCAGUAUAAUUAUUCUGAUUGUUAUAUCCAGAAGGAGAGAAUUCUGCUAUCAAAUUCCUUGCCCAAAUUCUGCUAAUCGUACGCAGUAAGUAGUCUUCAGGUGCUCUAUACUCUCUGCAACCAUGGGCGAUCCGACUAGGCCGCCGCCCGUCACCGGCUACCCUGCCUGUCCACCCAACGGUUACCCCCCUCCUCCCGCCGGCACGGCCUACCCAUAUCCACAGCCCAGCUCGGCCUACCCAUAUCCACAGCCCGGCAAUUACUACAUCAACAAUACCGAUGUUUACAUGAACCCGCGCCGCAUCUUCCUCCGACGCGUUCUGCUCGUGCUCGUGGCCUGCUUCGUCAUCGCUAUGGUUGUUGGCAUGGUCCUCUGGGUCAUCUUCCGUCCCAAAGUCCCCGAGGUCAGAGUCGAUUCGCUUUCGGUUUCCGAUUUCAACCUCUCUAGCAACUUCCUCUCAGCGAAUUGGGACUUGAAGUUCACGGUUCGAAACCCUACUAAGAGGUUCAGUCUCUACUAUGACGAUAUUUAUGCCUCAGUUUACUACGGCCACUCGAUGCUGCUUGCUUGGACCAGUGUGGCGCCUUUCUCUCAGGAUUCGUAUAGCGAGACACCCUCCAAGGCGACGUUUUCUGCGGCUUCAACGUUUGUGGACAAUUGGGUUGUGGAAGGGAUCAACAAGUCGAACCCCAAUGUUGAAUUCGAUGUCCUUAUGCUGGCUAGGGUUAGGUUCAAGGCCGGUUCAUGGAGGGCAAGGGGGAGGUAUUUGAGAGCCUAUUGUCGGGAUUUGAAUGUGCGACUUGGAAACCAUACGGCACACAGUUUAUCGUCUGGCAACUUGGUAGGAGGCCCAAAGCAGUGCCAAGUGAGACUUUCGUGAUGGUUUGAUUGCCCUUUCAGGUUAGCUGGGAAAGUGUUCAAAAAUGGAAGUGUUUGUUGUGAAAGUGUGAGUUCGAGUUGCCAAAUGUAUUGAAUGGGAGGAAACUUCAUAUAUGCAAAUUCUUAUAUUGGUAGCAAUUAGUAGUCUAGUACAACCUCGUAGUUGGAGCAACCAGAAUGAAGUGCAUAUAUGAAGUAGCUUAAAUGUUUCGAUUAAUGGUAUUGUUUUGUCUAAAGACGUGCUCCCAUGCUUUAUGCAGGAGAAAUUAGGGUUUCAUUAUCCUACUGUGUAUGUUUUAGUGUAUGCUUUAGUGCAUGUUUGAUAGGCAUAAGUCCCUAGCUUUUAGCUUUUUUACUA